AUGAGAGUCUGGAUCCUCCUCCUCGGGGCCCUCCUAGCUUUGGCGAGCCAGCUGCCUGCUGCCUUGGGCCGGAAGAAGGGAGAGAAAUCAGGGGGCUGCCCGCCAGAUGAUGGGCCCUGCCUCCUCUCAGUUCCCGACCAGUGCCUGGAAGACAGACAGUGUCCCUCAACCAUGAAGUGCUGCCACCGAGCUUGCUUUCGCCAGUGCAUCCCCAGGGUCUCAGUAAAGCUGGGCAGCUGCCCCAAGGACCUACUUCAAUGCCUCAGCCCCAUGAAUCACCUGUGUCACAAGGACUCAGACUGCUCAGGCCAGAAGCGGUGCUGUCACGGCGCCUGCGGUCGAGACUGCCGAGAUCCUGCCAGAGACUAACUCUGGUUCAGGAUCCAUGGCUCUGCGCCUCCUCCAAGCAGGAAGAGUUGACAGUGGGGAUCCCAGGACCCUGCCACCCA